CUGCGAUAAGGGAUGCUCCUUCUAGGAUUCUCGUUCCACCCUUUCGAAGAUUCAUAAACAAUGACAUUUGUCAGUUUGACACUGAAGUGUUAGUUGUCAGCUGUGUAAUGUUUAUCAAUAUUUUAGAUAAUUUUCUAUACCUGACUAUAAUAUAAAAAUAUUUAUUGUUAUAAGUAGGUAUUUGCUAUCAAAACAAAUAGCAAACCUUAGUUAUGGCUCACGUCGUGGUUUUGGAUUCAAUUGAUGAAGAUAUUUUCGUUUGUGGGACUUGUAAAACUGUAUUUAACUCGUUACAAAUAUUCCUUGACCAUAAAAGAUCAAAAUGUACCAAUAUCGUUUUAGAAAGAACUUAUUCGAAUGUUGAUUUGAUGCAGCCAGCGGGUCUUGGUGACCCUUUUCCUGAAAACAUUAGUACUUUACAUCAAAGCCAGGAAUUAUCUGAACCAGUGCCAGAGGCAGAUCAGACAUGGCCCAAGGAUCUAACUUGUAGUACUUGUAAGAAGAAAUUUAAAAAAGUUAGAACUUUGAUGGCUCACAUGAAAACACAUUGCGAAAAACCAUACCAGUGUCCUAUUUGUGGUAGAUGUUUUAUUCAAAAUUCACAUUUGCAAAGACACAUUACUUCACAUAGAAUAUGGCCAGAUGGUCUAAGGGAGACUACAGCACAAACUCCUGAAGAAGAACUUUUGAGUUACACAUGUUCAUAUUGUAACUUGAUUUUGGUAAAUUACAGUCAAUAUAGGGCUCACCUCAAGAAUCAUUUAUCUCUAAAGAAAUAUAAGUGCAUACAAGGCGAAUGUUUAGAGUUUUUCGAAACAGUUGAUAGUUUGCUUCAUCAUGUGUCCAUUGAGCAUGAAAGACCUGUCUAUAUUUGUCAUCUGUGUAGUUCUACUUUCAAUAGCUUGGAAGAUAUUGCUGCACACUUGCAGAGUGAUAAUGAUGGGUGCAAAGAUAGCCAAAAUAAGCUAAAAGUAUAUAAAUGCUCACAAUGUGAUGCUAGAUUUCGAAAAUCUGAAAAACUGACACUUCAUUUAUUGACGGAGAAUCAUAACAAGAUAUGUAUUCAUUGUAAUAAAACCUUUGCAAGUGAUAAGAGAUUGCGUCUGCACCUACAAAUACAUAGGACACUGAAACCAUUUCAGUGUAACAUUUGCAACAGUAGUUUCCACAUGAAGAAAUAUUUAUCAACACACAUGCUGAAACAUGGUAAUAGGCAGUUUAAGUGCUCAGUGUGUAAGUAUACAUUCAAAAGACAAGAUUUGCUUCAAAGGCAUAUGAAGUUACAUCAAGCUAAGAAAAUGUUGAAAUGUCCCUUCAAAGAUGCUUUGGAUUGCAAGAAGGAAUUUAGCCGUACUGACAAAUUGAAAUCACAUAUAAAAUCUCACACAAAACAUGUUACUCUUCAUACAAAGACUAAAAAGGCUGCUCAUGAAAAUGUAAACAAGCUAGAUACCAAUCAGUAGCAACAAA